ACAAACCAACCACCACACGCACAGAUUUCUGAAGCGAGACACAGAGCAGGAGGAUGAGACAGACUCCGGGAGGCACUGGUGACACCGCUCUGCGAACACCAAGUUGGGGACCCGAGGUGGAAGGAGGGAGCCCAGAUGUCCGUGCAAUCCCCGCUCUGAUUCCAGCCCCGGUGUUCAUCCAAGGCUGCUUUGGUGCUUGAGGAGGAGCCCACACCUCAGCUGUCCUCCAGGGAGCUGUGCUGAGCACCUCGUGAACGCCUGGUCAAACCUUGAGGGCUCUCAUCUCCAUCCCUGGUCCUUUCCAGCCCACCUCUAUGCCUUUGGACUCCCAGAGAGGAUGUCUGUGCCCCAAAUCCAAAUAGAAGAGGCUCUGGACAGCAUGGAUGCUGGCUCUGGGGGCGUUCCUCCUCCAGAUGAUCACCUGAGGACCCUCAAGGCAUUGACAGAGAAGCUGAGACUGGAGACCAGGCGCCCUUCCUACUUGGAAUGGAAGGCAAAGCUGGAGGAGCAGGCUUGGAAGAGCCCCCAGCCCGAGGGAGACAGGGAGGAUGAGGCCACCAAGGCCAAAAAGACCCCAGGGGAGACUGUCCCCAUGAGGAAGGUGCAGCUGCACCUCAAUGGGAGCCCUGCCCAGGACAAGGGGACUGUCACUUCAGGGAGGAUAGGUGGCUUUGAGAGCAUCGACGAAGCUUUGACGUGGCUCAGGAAGGAGCUGGCAGAAAUGCGCCUGCAGGACCAGCAGCUGGCCAGGCAGCUCAUGCGGCUGCGCAGCGACAUCAACAAGCUGAAGAUCGAGCAGACGUGCCACCUGCACCAGCGCAUGCUCAACGAUGCCACCUACGAGCUGGAGGAGAGGGACGAGCUCGCCGACCUCUUCUGCGACUUCCCCCUCGUGAGCUCCUUCAGCCUCUCCACGCCCCUCAAGCUCAUCGGGGUCACCAAGAUGAACAUCAACUCCCGCCGGUUCUCGCUGUGCUGAACCGGGGGAGAAAGAGGGAGAGGGAUCUCUCUGCCUCAUGGCUGGGUGAGGAGAGGCCAGCGAGGAGCAGAGGGAACGGGAGCAAACAGGGAACCCGCAGCUGGUCUUGGUGGCAGCGUAGAGAAUGGCACUGGAACGGCCCGGGGAUGCUCAUGGGGGAAGGCAGAACCUGCGUGGAAGAAGCCUGGAGAGCAUCCAGAUCCAAAACACAAACUCAGCUCCUUUGCCAAGUCCCUUCUCCUCCUCUUCCUCCCACAGGACGCAGCUCGGUGUGGGUGGUUGUGCUCAAAAACCAAAGGAGGGGUCAAAAAUCAGCCACAAAGCAAAAUCCCCCUUCCCUUGCCUUCCCCUCCUCCUAGGCUGGAGCAAUGUCUCUCUCCUCCAUGGAUGUCUCCUUGGGCACCAACCCUCAGCCUCUGCUGCUCCAAGUGUGGGAUCCACGGGGCUGUUUCCAGUGGGAAGUUGAUUUCCAGUGGGAAAAUCAAGCAAGCAAAGGACUGUGGGUUAAAUGGUACCAGCCCCAAGAAGUGGUGAGAAGAUGUGUUUGUUGGAUUGCUCCAUAGAGUCUAGGGCACUGCAGCUUCAUUUCUCCUGUGGUAUAGAUUAUGGAGUCACCAGGGGCACAUUCAGAGAUUCCAGCUGACCAGAAGCCUCCAGCGUGCCCAGGAAGUCAUACCCAGAGCAAUACACAUUUCUGAUCCUGUUGGAUGCUGUUGUCAGCCCCAAGACACCCUGUGGCUCACCCUGCAAACAAGGAAAUGUGUACCCAAGACAUUUCCUGUCAGGGAAAUCCCCAGGCUGACGCCCCCCAACAGCAGCACCAGCAAACCCUGGAUCCUCUGUAGCAACACACAUCCAUCAGAGAGAGUGACUUCAAGAGGAGAAAGGGGACUUUUGGGACUUAAAAUUAAAGGGAGAAAUUGCUGUGAUGAGCUUUGGACCUGCAGCAACACGUGGGGUUCCCUCCCUGCCCAGCAGAAUGUGAGAUGGAUGCUGUAUUUUCUUGCCUUUCAGUGCCCACGGCUGCCUGUACUUGGCACGGGGGGCAGAGACCUCCGGUGCUGCCCAGCAAGGGACUCCAAAGGUCUUGCCAUGGCAAUUUUGGGACAGCUGGCACCCAGGACAAGACAGAUCAAGCGUGGAUGCCUUCAGGCUCUCCCUCCUGUGCCCACCCCGCUCCUGACCCUGUCAGAGUGGAACAAUCCUGCUCAUGGUGCCCAUACCCAUGGCAGAAGGGUUGGAAUCAGAGGAUCUUUAUGGUCCUCUCCAACCCAAACCAUUCUAGGACCUCAGCCCACCUCUGCUCCUCCCCACGUGGCCGAGCAGGAGCAGCUCUUGGCUGAGCAGACCUGGCUGUGCCCACAGCCCCAGCCCAAGGCCUGGGAAGGAGCAGGAGGGGCCAUCCCGCUGCUCUGGAAGCUGUGGCUGUGUCGAUGUGCCUGUAGCUGUCUGUGAGCUCUGUGUGUGUGUGUCAGUCGCUGUGUGUGUGUGCAUCUGAGCCCACGGGACGCCUCUCCCGGGAGGCUCCGGGCUGGGUUCGCGCCUUUGUUCCGAAACGUGACGGGAACCGGGAUCCGGCGAGGCUCCGACAUGCCUGGGAGGAUGCAAGGAGGCUUCCAGACCUGGGGCUCCACUGGGAGCUUUAGGUUGGUGCAAAGACCAAUAAUUCGUGUGCCUCCACAGGUCUGCAGAGUGGGGAUGAAUUAAGGGGUUCACGGAUGAUGGGGCUGGGGACUCUGAGCUGAGAUCAGUCCUCCAUCCCCACAACCCCUGGAUGAUGCCUCCUCAUCCACUCCAAAGCUCCCCGAGUAUCUUUUCUUUCUGCUAAGGAAGGAGAAAUUUUAAGCACCAGAGCUUUAUCUAUACCGUCAGCACCAUGCCUGGGUGCUGAAUCUUGUGCUCCCCAGGUGAGGAAAUUUUAUUUUGGGUAGUGAUCAGACUGUCACUUGGCCUCUGGACAAGACAACCAGCCACGGUGCCGUUCAGUUUACUAGGAACAGCCUUACUUCCCCAUGGACAUCUUGGAAAAAAAUAGAAAACACCUCAUUAAAAUUCUUCUUUGUUUACUUUUUUCAUAAAAAUAAAUCAGUUUGUGUCCCACAUGUUGAUUUUCAGAGGUGUUUUCAAUCAGAAAUGAUGUUUUUUCCAUGAAAAUAAUGCCUUGGAAAGGGGGAUUGGUUCUCUCUAGGGUCAAAUGGAGUCGAGUACAGGGUGGGUCAGCCUUUGGGCUCUUGUCUGGUAGCCAAAAGCAGGGGUUAAUUCAAGCACAGUCUUCAUGGGUCAUUACACAUGGCAUUAGAAAAUCAGACGUCUGAAUUCCAGACAUGUAUCUUCUGCAUUAAGGGGGAAGAGGCAUGGGUGUAACUGCCAGCUGUUUGUUGAAAUGCACAAUUUUUUAAUUAUAAAACCUCUGUAUGUAUUGA